AUGGCCCUGGCGCGGCUGAGGACGAGGCUUGCGGGGGCCGACUCCCAGCCCGCCGGCCCCAGGCCGGGCGGCCGGCGCUCCCCCAAGCCCAGCCCGGAAGCACGUCCGAGGGAGGGCCAUCGAGGCGGCCGCGCUCGGGGCUCCAGCGCGCCCUGGGCGGCAGGGCCCAGCCAGGAGAGAGCACCAACAUCGCCCGGCCCGCCGCCCCCUGGGGAGCCCCCAAACAUGGGUGGCAGGGUUGUGGCCGGCCCACUUGAGCGCCUGGGCCUCUGGCAGGAAGCCAGGCUGCCGUUCUCCAGGUUCCUGGACGAGGUCACCGUGAGGGUGCUGGACCCCCAAACCUUGGAGGGCUUCAAGGGCUCCAGAGGCUGCAGCCCAGAGCCCUCUCCAGGGGUGCCUCUGGCCGGAGCCCCCACAGAGGACCGGGCUGGGGGCCCCCAGGGUCUACUGAGCCCUACAGGAGAGGCUACGGGUGGCGGGGCCUCGGACGCCGGGGUGUGUUGGGGGAGCAGCAGACUGGAAAGCCAAGCCUCCUCCUCCAGCGAGCGCCAGCACGCCGCCGCGGGGCCGUCUCUAAGGUGGGGGCCCCGGCUUUCGGUGGGCGCUCAGCGGCUGACUCGCCGGAGCGAGUGGACAGGAGUCAGCAACAACGGCAAUAAUGAUCCUAGUAACGGUUCCAAGCGGCUGGCCACCUUGAGCGAGGGCCCUGCCCCCGGGGAGCCCCACGGCGGGAGGGGACCCCCGAGAGAUGCCCCGGGGAGCCCAGGCCGCCGCUGGAGCACGCCAGAGCUGACCACGCCGCCCGUGCCGGCCCGCCCCCUCGGGCCCCCGUCCAGCCCCCCUCCCCAGGCCACGCCGCACCGGCCGGGGGCCUUCGCGCCUCCCGACCCCCUCCUGGUCACCACAGCCUUGCGGGUGCAGGAGCCGCCGUGGGCCCCCUCGGGGGUCCCUCCUACCACCCCCAACCCCUCCCAGGCCUGCACGGUGCCAUCCUCACCCCCGACCCCCCCAUCCCUCUCCCUGCACUUUCCCUGUGGGGCGCAGGGAGGGAAGGAGGGCUCGGCGCGGAACUGCGGGAGCCUCAGCCUGCCUGUGGCCGCCGGGAGCGGCGCAGGGCCCCGCAGAGCCCCACCCGCGGCCGCGGCUCCGCCCCCACGCCCCGCCCGGCCUCCCCAGCCCCCAUCCGGUGAGACUGGGUGA